UGUAGUUCAUGAACUGACUAAGAAAUAUGGUAUGAAGAGUAGAAGGUCUAUAGAGUCUUCUCAUCGCUAAUUCUGGUGCAAAUAUAGGCCCUGUUGUGCGCAUCACUCCUACACUGCUGCUGGUCAGCGACUCUAAAAAGCUUCCAGAGAUCUACCACCGGAAUGCCGACAAGACCAGCCAUUACAUUACUGGAAGUUUUGGAGAGACAGAGAGUCUGUUUAAUAUGAGAUCGCACAAGACCCAUGCGACUUUCAGAAAGCACAUUGCAGGCCCGUACAGCUUUUCCAACAUGAAGAAAACGGAGCCAAUGAUAGACGCUCAAAUCAAAGGCUGGCUCUCCAAGAUUGACGAAAAGUUUGCCCAGUCCAGCACCCCAUUUGACUUCGCAUGGUGGACAGUAUUCUUGGUAUACGACGUUAUAAGCGAAAUCGGUUUCGGCGCCCCAUUUGGAUUUAUCGACCAAGGCAAAGAUGUCGGUGGUCUUAUCGAAGGUUUCCACGAUGGUCUUCCUGCUUUUGGUCUCCUCGCCCGUCUACACCCUUUCACUAGUUGGAUAAAGACAACAUUCAUGAAGAAAUACCUGGUUGCGACUCCGGCUGACGAUUCUGGAAUCGGUGUUUUGAUGCGUUUCCGUGACAAGCUGAUCGGCCAGCGUCUGAAUGACAUCAAAGAAAACAAGAAAAUUCCAGUCGAUCUCCUUCAAACCUUCCUCGAAGCUCGCACAGAAGACGGAAAGCCCCUGGAUAUGGAAUACAUUCAGGCAGAGGUCCUGCUCGUCUUGCUCGCUGGCGCCGAUACUACAGGAACUGCCUUCCAAGCCCUCACCCAGUACCUGAUGACGCACCCAGCGGCCUACAAACGCAUGAUGGAAGAGAUUGACGUCGCAGACCGCAACAAUCUCCUAUCCGAAAUUCCUCAGUACAGUGAGGUCCUCGAGCACCUCCCCUUCUACACCUCUUGCGUGAAAGAAGCCAUGCGUCUCUGCCCGUCUGCUCCCAAUAUAUUCCCGCGCUAUGUCUCUGAGCCCGGCCUCGACCUGUACGGGAAAUUUGCGCCUCCGGGAACUGAGAUCACAUGCAACCCAUACAUCGUACACCGUGACAUUGAUCUGUAUGGUGACGACGCUGAAGAGUUUCGUCCCGAGCGCUGGCUGGAUCCAGAGCAGGCGAAGCUGUACACCAAAUACAACUUCAACUUUGGAUAUGGAUCCCGCGGCUGUCUGGGCAAGGAUAUCGCGAUGAUGGAAUUAUACAAGGGACCACUCCAGGUAUGUUUUAGCCAAGAAUGCGACAGAGAUAGAUGAGGGCUC